CUCAUCUUUUGCAUCUAGCCUCCAAGUGAGAAGGUGAUGGUGGUGAAGUCUCAAUUGAUGGCGAACACAACAUGUUGAGGCAAAUCAGGCAAUGAGAUGAACUCGAGAGUGAUUUUUGCAUAGAUCGCCUUAUUAACCCCAAGUAGAGUUAUCCAAACUGAAUCAUGAAUGGUUGCUUGUACGAUGUCCGCCACACAAAGUCUCUUCACUUGGAUGGAACCUUGCUUUCCGUCACUCCAUAUUAUUUAUCAUGUUCUUUCAGGAGGAAGGAUGCAAGUUAGCAUACGAAAUCUUAUAACGACCUUUUAUAUGAACAGAUGAUGCAUUUGUAUCUUUGUUUGUUGUUGCCACUAUGGCAACCAUAUGAAUCAAUUUUGUGCUCGAUUUCUCAUUGGUGGAACUUGGAGAGUUUUCACCGCCAUUGGAAGACACGUAGAUAACAAGCUUCUUGACACCAAAUUCUAGUAUCACUCUUUGUCCCGAUACAUCGGUUGUUGUUCUUGAUGUGGAAAGGAACAACCUUUCUAGGAUAAGGGAGUGCUACAUUAUUCAUCAAUAUCCAACACUGCAAAAUCAACUGGAAAACCCAAACUUUUCCACUCUCACUAUGAGAUCCUCGACUAUGUCCUUAAAUCAAACUAUAUAUCGGCUAUUUGUAUGGGUAUGUCAGUAGGUCUUAGUUCUCCUAUGGCUAGUUCCUUGUAUAACUUGUAAGACAUCACAUUUAUACUUGCUCCCAAAUUGGCUAAUGCUCUUUCGAUGAUUGUACCCAUAAUUGAGCAAGGAAUGACCAAGAUCCAUACAUUUUGUUGAGAUUUGUUUGUGAAUGAGGGUCAAAGAUGUCAUGCUCAGAUCAAGGUGCUUCAUCAAUCUUUUUUCGUACACGAGUUCCUUGGUUCACUUUGUAUACUUGGGCACCUUAGAAAAUUUUUCUAUAAAUGAAAUUUAUGGUUGUUGUUGCUUUCCUUCAUCAUUUUUUAGUAUUUUUCUUAGAUAGAGGAAUCACAUGUCAUGUUGGAGUUUCCCCAGAUUCUCAAAUAUUAUAGUUAAUGACUUAAUUCGCUCACCAACACCUUGUUAGCAGAAUUCAAGUUUCCACCAGAUUCUUUGUUGCUUAAGGUUCUUUCCCUCCUCGAUGGGUUAUAACAUGAGACUAUUUCCUUGGAAGAGGCUCGGUAUCUCUUGAAGAUGUACCCCUCUCCUUUUAAUUUGGUAUUUGUGUUACCACCUGCAUGUAUGAUGAUAUAUUUUUCACCAUUGCUAAUGAGUUCAAUUGACCGGCCUCAAGAAUCUCAAAACGUUGAAUGGUACACUAAACAAUUUCAUCCAAGUAGUCAAAUCUCUAAUGGUUUGUAACUAGGGCUGGAUUUCGAUCGGUUUCACUCUAACCAAUAACAGAAGUGUCAGUUUUCGAUUAGCCAAAUGACAAGGAAUUGACAUCCGAGCACCGACCGACCAUGACCUUCGAUUAACCGCAUAACCGAUCGGCCGGUUUUUGGUGUUAGUCACGGUUAGCCGUGUAACCGAGAAAAUGAUGGUGAUUGGUGGAGUCGGCGCGAAAGAGGAAGGACGACCAGCAAUGGACGACCGGACGAAGUGGCGGCGAGCGGGAAAGAGGAAAGAUGGGAAGGAGGCGGAGGCGGCACUGUUACACUUCUGUUUGUCGCCUGCUCUGUUCUUGGAUGGGGGGGGGGGGGGGGGGGGGGGGGGGGGAGGGGGGGAGAGGGAGGCGGAGGUCGGAGGAGGAAGAGGAAGGACUAAGACGUUCUCUGUUGCCGACGACAAUGAUGGCCACCGAGGCGCGAAGGGAAAAUGUGUACGGGAAUUGGGUGGAGGCAAAGGCAUUGGGAAGAGGAAGGACGAAGGCACCCUGCUCUGCUGCUCGAUGAUGAUGAGGACAUCAGAGGAAGAGGUGGAGGAGGUGCGCAGGCAAACGACGAGGAGACGGAGGCGAGGCACGGCACGAAAUCGGGGAGGGAAGGGUCAAAGUCAAAUUAGGGUUUGGUAAUUUUGGAGGUGAAGAGUUUUCUGACGUUUUGGGGAGGGGGGCGAUUUUCGGUGAGCGUUGGUAGCUGGGUAACCGCGAUUAAUCACCUCCAGUUACUCGGCUAACCAAAGCCUCUGGAUCCCCUUCCGGAGACUGACCGAGGUGAUAAUUCCUUCGAUUUUCAGUUAGCCGGUAACCGACGAUUUUCAGUUAUAACGAUCGGUCACCCGCUAACCGACAACUAAUUGGCCAACCCUGCUUAUAACCACACAUUGUCCCAACCUAUCCUCCAACAUGUUGAUCCUACUAAUCAAUAUAUACAUUGUAUAGUAGGGAUCCUCAUGUGAUGAUUGUAAGUGGGGACCAGGUUGUUGUGGAGAAGUAGAAGGUUUAGCUCCAGGAGUUCCAAUAACGAAGACUUUCUCCAUCAUUGAUGGAGAAUGCACACCUCCAUUGUUAUUGAAUAUAAGUCAAAUCUUCAAUAUAAUGUCUCUAUUUAAUAUUUAUUCCUUCAAAUAUGUGUGGCUAGAAUCUUCUAUUUUUUAGGUUUGUGAACCCUAAAGGUCCCAAAGGUUGUUUUUUUAUGAUGGUUUAAUGAUGUACCAGCGUGAUUGAGUUGUUCAAUAUCCUUAUCGUUUAUUGGUAUUAAAUAUAUUACUUAUUUGUGGUUCAUAUGAGAUUGAUUGGAAACAACUUUUCAUAUGUUGUGAGAUCACCAAUGCCAAUACAUGCCUAGUAUGUCGAUUGUAAAGGAUAACUGUGAGUCCAUGACAACAAUCUAUAAUAUAACUUGCAUGUUGUUCCAAGACCACAUAACCCUUCUCUUGUAGGAAAAUUUUAUAAGAUAUGAAUAUAUAAAUUAAUUGGGCGAGAUAGAAAGUUAAAACUUAAUGAACGUGUUUGAUUGAAGUUGCAUAACAAUAUGGAAACUCUAGGGGAAACAUUACUUAUUCAACGCCUUGACUGUAUGAUCAAAGUGUUUUCAUAUUGCAUUUUACUUUAUUGCUUUUCAAAUAUCAGUGUUUUACUUUGUUUUCAACUGAUUUGCAAAAUCGAGUAACCUCAACCUCAAAAGGAUUAUCUGGAAGAACCUAGCUCUCACUUCAAAGUAGUGGGAGAUGAAUAGCCAUAUGGGAAUAUGACCUUAGUAGCCUUCGUACCUACCAAAUUAUAUUUGAAUCUUAUAACUAAUAGCGAUCUAGUGCUUACCGGCUCAUUCGCCAAUACAUUUUUGGAUCGCAGCACGGGCUUUAAUAGGAAGCUAUGUUUUGGAAUCUUUUUGUAUAAGUUAUGUAUAGUGAUAAUAUUUUUUUUUCAACCCUUGCAUUUUGAGAAAAAAAAUCAUAACAUAAUGAUUACACGAGGGAUAAUACCACUAAAAACAACAAUUAGAUUUAUAACAUGUUUUUUAUAUGACAAAUGUGUACUGAACUUUCCUUUUGGUUAAGUGGUUUUGAAUAUUUAAUAUAAAUUAUAGUAAGCA